AUGUCUGACUCUGAGUCUAGUUUGAGUGAUAUUGGCGGGGGGUUUGUUGUGGAUAAUAAGAAGAGUAACAAGAGACGGAAAGUUGGAUCGAGAAAUGCAAAUGGUAGUACGCGCCAGACACCAAGGAGAAGAGCAAGUACGAAAAACAUUUCAUACGCCGAACCAAGCGAUUUGGAUGACGACGAUUUAGUAGAGGAAGGAGAAGGUGACGCGAAAAACAUUAGUGACGUGGAGAUUGACUCCGAUACAUUUGCCAACGAGGAAGUCCCUAGAAGGCAUAGAAAGACGCGUGAGCUCAACACGCGUGCUAGUGGAAAGAACAGCAACCUGAAGGCCAAAAGACCAAUAGAGAUCUAUUCCGACGAUGAAGACGACGACGACGACAACGACGACGAAGAAUUUACAUUAAGUUUGGAAGACAACGUGGACAGUAACACGUCUGAUGAUGACGUUGUGGAGGUUGUGGGGUCAAGUAUAAUGCAUAGAAAUGGUCGUCAACCCAAAACAACUGUUGAACUAAUCAGUGACAGCGAUGAUGACAACCAACCAUUAUCAUCGAGACCUAUUCCUGCACUGCAAGGUUCAGCUAAUGGUACCAACGAGGGCCAUGUUAAUGGCCACGGUGAUGGCCAUGGUGAAGGUGAUGACGUUGCAUCCUCUGCUAAACCAAAAAGAGCGCCUAGAAAGAAGUCAAGUACGCCACGUCAAAGGAAGAAGAAGGAAGUCAAACCAAAAAUGACUCAUUAUGAACGUACAACUAAUAAUCUUUUCACUCAGCACCCAGAACUUGCCACGACAUUCUCCGAUUUGAAAAAUUGUAAAGGCAUUACACCCGAGAGAGCUCCACACCCUGUUGGAAUGACUCUUAAGAUGUUGCCUUUUCAACUAGAAGGACUAAACUGGCUUUUGAAACAGGAAGAAGGUAAGUUUCAAGGUGGUAUAUUGGCAGAUGAGAUGGGUAUGGGUAAAACGAUCCAAACCAUUGGGUUAUUUAUGGAUGAUCCUACAAAAAAACCCAAUUUGGUUGUUGGUCCUACAGUGGCGUUGAUGCAAUGGAAAAAUGAGAUUGAAAAACACACGGAUGGGAAGUUAAAAGUGUUGUUGUUUCACGGAAACACAAGGGUGAACAAAGUAGCCGAAUUGGAGAAAUACGAUGUUAUCUUAACUUCGUAUUCCGUGUUGGAAUCAUCUUUUAGAAAACAACAAUAUGGUUUCAAGAGAAAAGGGGUAACGGUGAAGGAGAAGUCGGCACUUCACAAUACACAUUUUUACCGAGUAGUGCUUGAUGAAGCACACAAUAUCAAAGAUCGUACAUCAAAUACAUCUCGAGCAGCAAACCAGUUGGUGACUCAAAAAAGAUGGUGCUUGACUGGUACGCCUUUGCAAAAUAGGAUUGGAGAAAUAUAUUCCUUGAUUCGUUAUAUGAAGCUUUAUCCUUUCCACAUGUAUUUUUGUACCAAGUGUGAUUGUGCCAGUAACGACUGGAAAUUUUCCAAUGGACGUACUUGUGAUGGUUGUGGCCAUACAGGGAUGUUGCAUACAAAUUUUUUCAACCACUUUAUGUUGAAAAAUAUAUUGAAAUUUGGAUUAGAAGGGGAUGGAAUGGAUAGUUUCCAGAAUUUGCGAUUGCUUUUGCAGAAUAUAAUGUUGCGAAGAACCAAAAUUGAAAGAGCUGAUGAUUUGGGAUUACCGCCUAGAAUUGUUGAGAUUCGACUCGAUAGGUUUAAUGAGGAAGAGAGGGAUUUGUACACUUCGCUUUAUAGCGAUUCGAAGAGAAAGUUUAAUGAUUAUGUAGCCGAUGGAGUUGUCUUAAACAACUAUGCUAACAUUUUUACAUUGAUCACACGAAUGAGACAGCUUGCUGAUCAUCCUGAUUUGGUGUUGAAGCGAUAUGGUACCAAUCAGAUUGCCAAGCAGAUUGAUGGGGUCAUUAUGUGUCAACUUUGUGAUGAUGAGGCAGAGGAGCCUAUUGAAUCCAAGUGUCAUCAUAGAUUCUGUCGUAUGUGUAUACAGGAGUACGUGGAGUCAUUCGAUGGUGCAAGCAACAAGUUGACGUGUCCCGUGUGUCAUAUUGGAUUAGCUAUCGAUUUGGAGCAACCAGCGAUAGAAGUCGACGAGGAGCUUUUUACAAAGGCUUCUAUAGUCAAUAGAAUCAAGCAAGGAUCGCAUGGUGGCGAAUGGAGGUCAUCGACCAAAAUUGAAGCGCUUGUUGAGGAGUUAUACAAGCUCAGAUCUGAUAGACAUACCAUCAAAUCGAUUGUGUUUUCACAGUUUACAUCGAUGUUAGACUUGAUUGAAUGGAGAUUAAAACGUGCAGGUUUUCAAACAGCGAAAUUGUCUGGUUCGAUGUCGCCGCAACAACGUGACAAUACAAUUAAGUACUUUAUGGACAAUACCGAAGUGGAGGUGUUUCUUGUAUCUUUAAAGGCUGGUGGUGUUGCGUUAAAUCUUUGCGAAGCUUCGCAAGUAUUUUUGAUGGAUCCAUGGUGGAAUCCAAGUGUUGAAUGGCAAUCGAUGGACCGUGUGCAUAGAAUUGGUCAAAAGAGACCCAUCAGAAUCACGAGAUUCUGUAUUGAGGAUAGUAUAGAGCUGAAGAUUAUUGAGCUACAAGAUAAAAAAGCUAAUAUGAUCAAUGCAACUAUAAAUCACGAUCAAGCAGCAAUAAAUAAGUUGACUCCGGACGAUUUACAGUUUUUAUUUAUGAACUAG